CCGAUCAUAAAGUAUUAUUUUCAAGAUGAGUACUGAAAAAGACACAAUCGCUGCAAUUAAAGACAGGGCGCUACUUCAUGAAAUAUCAAAAUACUGUUUCCUCUAUAAUCCCGAAUGCGCAUUUCACAAAAGCAACAGGGAAAGAGGAAAAGCAUGGGCCGCUAUCGCCUCAAAACUGAACACAUCUCAAACGUCAUGCAAAAAGAGGUGGCAGAAAGCAAAAGACUGCUACAAUAGGCACAAGAAAAUUUUGAAAGGAACAACCGGAUCAGUUCCUUUGAAAUACAUUCCUAAUCCGAUCAUUCAGCAUAUGUCGUUUAUGGAUACUACCGAAGUUAAGAAAGACAUUUCAUCGGAUAACCAGACAACACCGUCUCAAGACACUAACAUGACGGACGAAUCUUCCAAUUUUAACGGAGAGAACAAACUAUUUAUUGGUACCAUUGACCACACACCAAUGCCGCAGUCCAGUGACUAUGAACAAGUGGAUGACCAGAAUUCAAUCGUUAGUCAAUCAAAUCCUCAGCCUGAUAUCAACCCAAAUCCAGCAACUGAUCAUGAAGCUCCUAGAAUCGCGACCAACAGCGGUUUUGGCAUCGGUCACGAAAGCUCACAGAACCUGGUCAACAACGGUUCCGGCAUCGGUUCCGGAAGUUCGCAGUUCUUAACCAACAACGAUUCCGGCAUCGGUUCCGAAAGUUCACAGUUCUCAACCAAAAUCGAUUCCGGUAUCGGUUACGGAAGUUCACAGUUCUUGACCAACAACGAUUCCGGCAUCGGUUCCGGAAGUUCACUGUUCUUGAACAACAAUGAUUCCGGUUUCGGUCACGGAAGUUCACAGUUCUUGGUCAACAACGAUUCCGGAAUCGGUCAUGGAAGUUCACAGUUCUUGAACAACAACGAUUCCGGUAUCGGUGACGGAAGUUCACAGUUCUUGAACAACAACGAUUCCGGCAUCGGUGGAGGAACUUCACAGUUCUUGAACAACAACGAUUCCGGCAUCGGUGAAGGAACUUCACAAAACUUGGUCAACAGUAAUUCAUACGUCCGCCACGAAACUCUCCUUCAACCUCCGACCAAGAAGAAGAAGAAGAACUGUUCAGUUUUCGGUUCAACUACGUACAGAUUGCAAAAGCUUGAAAAGGAAAAGGAUAACCUGCUCGAAAUCGUAAAAGCACUUGUACAUCCUACAGCGACUUCUACGGCUUCUCCGUCAGCACAUGACACUGAAGUUGACUUGUUUUUCAGAGGAAUAGCAAGCACAGUAAGAAAACUGCCUCGUCCGAUAAUAUUUCAGGUUAUAUCUUCCAUUUUGUCAACCAUUACCCGGGCUGAAUCCGAGGUAUGUAGUCUUGGACAAUCCGAGUAAGUAAUCGGUAUAGCCUCUUUCAACUCCUUUCUGAAUGUAAGCAAGGGAUACAUCGAAAGAUACUCAAGUCACAGUUACAUGAUGCGAUACUUAAAUAUUAAGUACCUACCACGACUUUACGAUAUAUUUAAUAUUUUGACAAAUCAAGCAGAAAAUUGUAUUAUCAAGUGAAUAUCUUUGUAUUUAUAGCACA